AUGCAGCAUUCACCUGUGCUUGCCACGGCACUUGUUGCCUUUUUUGGCCUUUCAUCUGCUUUGGCCCUCCCUUCCAACAUUGAUGCUCGCAACAUCAUCAAACGCGAUGUAGCAAUCAUUGGUGGAGGCUCCGCUGGCAUUAACGCUGCCAUUCAACUCAAGGACGCUGGCAAAUCGAUCAUUGUUAUUGAGGCCCAGGAAGCUGCAGCCACUGGCUUGAAGACAGACUAUGGUGUCGCCAUCUGGCACAACAUUACAACUGUCAACCAGUACUUCCAGCGCUUCAAUAUUCCACUGGCCCCUGCAUCGGUCGCAGCUGUUCCAAGUGUCAACAUUGACUACACGACGGGCGCUAUCCUCAACAUUCCUGCUGACCAGGCGCCUACUCAACAAGCUAUUGGUCAAGCACUGCAGAAGUAUGCGGCCUUCCUGUCCAAGUACCCCCAGCUCGCGGCUGGCAUGUUUCUACCCAGACCUGUGCCCCAGGAAUUGGCUAUGCCCUUUGGUCAGCUGGUCAAACAACUCGGCAUCGAUGCAGCUGUCCCAAUCUUCAUCCAACUUAACCCUGGCCUUGGCAAUCCCCUCACUGUUCCCGUUGUCGAGAUGGCCCGCGUCGUUGGCUUAUCCUUGAUCCAGCAAAUCGGUGCCUCGAGCUUCGUCACAACCGCACGCCACUACAACAGCGAGCUCUACGAAAAAGCCAGCGCCGAGCUCGCCAGCAGCAACAGCAUCCUGCUCUCUUCCCGCGUCGUCGCCUCAACCCGCAAGCAAUCCGGUGUCGAACUCGUCGUGAAGACCCCUCAGGGCAUCAAGUACAUUUGCGCCAAGAAGCUCCUUCUCGCCAUCCCCCCUCGUCUAGAAAACCUCCAGGAAUUCAACCCCACUCAAGCUGAGCGUAGUGUCUUCAGCAAGUGGCUCAGCACAGCCUACUUCACCAGCAUCAUCUCCAACACAGGCCUGCCCCCUACCCUGCAGGUCAAGAACGUCAACCCCUUGAGCCCGGUCGGCCAGCCCGAUCUACCCAGCACAAUCUUCGUCUCACCCAACGGCAUCCCAGGUCUCUCUACCGCCUAUUACCAAACCGAACGCCUGAGUACCCCAACCCCGCUCACCGACGACGACGUCAAGGCCCGCCUCAUUGCGGACAUCAAGCGCAUUCAGACCGUCAACCGCGGCAACGGUUCUUUUACUCAGACGGAGCCAAAGUUUCACGCGUUCAAGGCCCACAAGCCUUUUUACCUACAGGUCUCGACUGAAGAUAUCCUGGCCGGCUUCUACGAUCAGAUGAAUGCACUGCAGAACCAGUUGUCCACGUUUUAUACGGGUGCGGCGUGGAGGGCGCAUGAUAGCAGUAUGAUUUGGGAGUACAACAAGCAGGUUGUUGUGCCUAUGUUGCUUAAGAGUUUGCAAAACUAA